AUGACCGUCACCCCCCGUGAGAAGCAGUGGUGGAAGCAGGCCGUCAUCUACCAGAUCUACCCGGCGUCGUUUUGUGACUCCAACGGUGAUGGCGUCGGCGACCUCCCCGGCAUCACGUCCAAGCUGGACUACAUAGCCAGCUUGGGCGUCAAUGUCAUCUGGAUCUGCCCCAUGUACGACAGCCCCCAGGUCGACAUGGGCUAUGAUAUCUCCAACUACGAGGACGUCUACCGGCCGUACGGCACCGUCCAGGACAUGGAGACGCUCAUCAAGGAGACACACGCCCGCGGCAUGCGCAUCAUGCUCGACCUCGUCAUCAACCACACCUCGGACCAGCACGCCUGGUUCAAGGAGUCGCGCGCCAGCAAGGACAGCCCCAAGCGCGACUGGUACAUCUGGCGGCCCGCCAAGUACUCUCCGUCCGGCGAGCGUCUGCCGCCCAACAACUGGCGGUCCAACUUUGGCGGCGGCAGUGCCUGGGAGUGGGAUGAGUUGACGCAGGAGUACUUUCUGCAUCUGUUUGCGGUGGAACAGCCUGACCUCAACUGGGAGAACCCAGAGACCCGCAGGGCCAUCUACGCCUCGUCCAUGGAGUUUUGGCUCGACCGCGGCGUCGACGGCUUCCGCGUCGACACCGUCAACAUGUACAGCAAGCCGCCCACCCUGCCUGACGCGCCCAUUGUCGACCCCGGGACGCCCUACCAGCCGGCCGGCAUGGUCUACUGCAACGGCCCCCGCAUGCACGAGUUCCUGGGUGAGAUGAAUGCCAUUCUCACAAAGUACGGCGCCAUCACCGUCGGCGAGCUGCCAUGCACUCCCGACACGCAGCGGGUCCUGCGAUAUGUGAGCGCCAAGGCCAAGCAGCUCAACAUGGUCUUCCAGUUCGACGUUGUCGACGUCGGCGGCGGCACCACUCACAGAUUCGCCACGACGCCCAAGAACUUUGGGCUCCCCGACUUCAAGGCCGCCAUCGACCUGACGCAGUCACUGAUCCGCGGCAGCGAUGGCUGGUCCACCGUCUUUCUCGAGAACCACGACCAGGCGAGGUCGGUGAGCCGCUUUGCCGAUGAUCGCCCCGAGUACCGCGUACGCAGUGCGAAGCUGCUGUCGCUGAUGCAGGCUUGCCUGAGCGGCACGCAGUACGUCUACCAGGGCCAAGAGAUUGGCCUCGUCAACGCCCCCAAGGACACCUACCCCGUGGAGAACUACCUCGACAUCGACAGCUCCCUGUUCUACGAGAUGGUCAAGGAGCGGUACGGCGCCGAUAACAAGGCCGAGCUCGACAAGGCGUUUGCUGCCAUGCAGUACAUGGCCAGAGACCACGCGCGGCUGCCCAUGCCCUGGAACGGCAAGGGCAAGUACGGCGGCUUCUCUGAGGCGGCCGAGGCGGCCGGGAAGGAGGUCAAGGAGCCGUGGAUGAAGCACCACCCACUGAGCGGCGAGAUCAACGUGGCCUCCCAGCUCGACGACCCGGACAGCGUGCUGGCGUUUUGGCGCAAGAUGCUGCGCUUCCGCCAGGAGCACGCCGACCUUCUCGUCUACGGCGACUUCAAGGACCUGCGACCUCAAGAUAAGGAUAUGUUUGUCUUUGUCAAGGAGCCGCUGCAGGGUGGCGACAGGGUUCUCGCGGUGCUCAACUUCACCACGGAGGAAAAGUCGUGGGAGGUGCCCAGCGCCGCUGAGCUCGGUCUGCCGGAGACGCCCAAGCUGGUGCCCAUCAUGUCCACGCACUCAGGAAAGGGUCGCGAGGGUGUUUUGGGGGCCCUCGAGGGGCAAGUGUAUUUGAUCAGCGCAUGA